CUGCCUUUGAACGACCCACGCUACCCCUGCCCCUUUGCCUUAAGAGACAUCGGGUCCUGGUCCACCCUGCUCAUCGCCCUUGUCCAUGUUGGCUCGCACUGUAAUACAUAUAAGUAGUCUCUUUCGCACACUCAUACCUCUUGGUGCCGGGUCCUAGAUCUCGGGGUCACCAAAGAGAUGGAGUUGAUGGAACUUGUUGACAAUGAGCCGACGGCUCGACCCUUCCAGUGCACUUGGGAUGGGUGCAACAAGAGCUUCAACCGCAAGUCUGACCUCCAAAGACAUUAUCGGAUACAUACGAACGAACGACCGUACGCAUGCAGUACACCCGGAUGUGGCAAGAGCUUCAUACAACGAAGCGCGUUGACGGUCCAUAUUCGCACCCACACCGGCGAGAAACCCCACCAGUGUCAACAUCUCGGAUGUGGCAAACGCUUUUCAGAUUCCUCAAGUUUAGCUCGGCAUCGACGUAUUCAUACCGGCAAGCGACCGUAUAAAUGCGCCCAUGAGGGAUGCCUCAAGAGUUUCUGCCGGAAAACGACGAUGGUGAAGCACCAAAGGCGAUCCCACCAAAGAGGCGCACAUAUGUCGGAAGUCGACGACCUCACUUCCGAGUCCGACGGCGGCGAGUCUCCGUCUACCCCGAAACACCAGAAUGGCAUGUCAUGGCCAACAACGAAUCACCUCGUACCUGGUGGCCACCCAGGUCUGCAAGGCCAUACCAUCCACCGAGCCUCAUCCUUCGCCGACUUUGGCCAACAGAUGACCGAUUAUAACGUCCAACAGCCGUAUAAUAACAACCAUCGACAUAGCGUGUCCGCUGGAGGUACCAACGAAUAUCACGGUGACGCAGUACAACAACCGCAGAAUCCUGGAGUCCAUAUGCUACAUCGAACGGCGAGCAUGCCUCAACAUCCUUACUAUGUAACGGAGCAGAACAACCCUGGAGUCGCGACCAUGAAUACCAACCCGAUGCAACCGUAUCAGAUGCCUAGACAACAACCCGAGCGACUCCCGUUAGAGAUUCCAUAUAACGCUGGUAUGACAGGUUCACUCCAGAGCAGUCCGACUACCUUCUCGGCCGCCGCUCAAGGUCGAAGUCCAUCUGCGCAAGAUGGAUUUUACACUCAUCAGCCUCCGCAGGCGCCUACGUAUGCGCUUAAUGGCGCCUCGCCUAUUGUUGAGCAACCUAUGAUGCAGUACACCCAUCAGAUGCCGCAACAGAUCCAUCCGCCUCAGUCCGUCCACCCCCCGGUUCCACAACAGCAAAUACCUCAUAACCAGGAACAUUACCAACCACAACCGGGUCCAGAAGAUCAGCAAUGGUACAACGCAGUGCCAUAUCAAGCCCCAGUUGAGGUUAGCACUAUUGGACCUCUGCCGUCUUUCGGGUCUGGAGUUUAUGAUCCAUGGGCCAUUAAACCUGACUUCGAAGACGGGUCGAUACAAAUGCCCAGCGCAAGAAUCGACAACAUGUAACGGGAUCCUACCCGCUACAUACGAAUGUUCCUUCUCUUCCAUUGUUGCAUAAUUUGAUUAUCAUACCCGUACAGCACGCAUUCCCUUUAUAAUGGAUCGGUAGCAUCCUUAAUAAUUCUGUUAUGAGCCUCCGACUUGCUCUUGUACUAUUACCCAUCUUUCCUUUUUUUUUUUUUUUCCUUGUCGAAUAGGAUAUACCACGAGGGCUCACAGGACCAGAUUAUGGGCCGUUUCUUUUUUGUGGUGCACAGGCGCAGUG